AUGUGUUGUCCUGGUUUUAGCUGUUGUUGUUUGUUACCACGCUGCUAUCGCACCCUGCGCAGCGAUAUGAAUGAGUUGCUAGUUGGCGUGGAGUUACUGUACAAUGCCAACGGUAUACACUUAAAGAUUAGCGGAAACAAAGUUUUAAAAUCUUUACAAAUUAUACUACCAGACCCUGUGGAAACAAUAACCGAAGACGACAAGAAACUUAAACUCAUGACAAUUUACCAUAACGACUCGAUAUCAGGCGGACAUUGCGGAAACAAAAAACUCUAUGCAAAAUUUCGUACAAAAUACUAUUGGAAAAAUAUGACACGCGAUAUUGCUGAAUUCGUAAAAAGCUGUGAGAAAUGUUUAUUAAAUAAAGUAACACCUAAAACUAAAGAAAAUUUAGUACUAGCCCCAACGCCUUGCAAACACUUCGAUGUUGUAGUUAUAGACACAAUAGGACCCUUGCCUGAGUCCAUUAAUGGUAAUAGCGGAUCGCAUUAUCACGGGCAAUGGCAAAAUGGUCGUCGUCAUGGGUUAGGUGUGGAACAAAUUGGCCGCCAAAUAUAUCGUGGGGAAUGGUCUAAAGAUGGCCACAAAGGAAGAUACGGAAUACGUGAGAGCACGGUUUCUACUGCCAGGUACGAAGGAACUUGGAAUAUGGGCUACCAGGAUGGCUACGGUUGUGAAACGUAUGCCGAUGGAGGUAAAUACCAAGGCCAAUGGCAAGAGGGAAAACGUCAUGGAUAUGGAAUUCGCAUAUCAGCUCCUUUUGGACUAGCUUCACAUCACCGCCGAAAAGAUAUGCACUCAUCGUUAAACUCGCUACGCAGUUCCGAUAUAAGUGAAGCAGACAAAGGCCGGUCAGAUGAAAUAAGAGGUGGUUUUGUGCUGACUUCCAAAUCUGAUAAACUUCCGGUGCGGCGCAAUAGUUUGACGGAGAAGUCAAAAAAAGGAUUUUUAUCUGGUUUUAAAAUGCGUAGACAAAAGAGCACCGGAGAUUUGGAAAAAAGAGGCACGUUGACAUCGAGCAGUGUCAGGUCUACGGCAUCUACCUCGUCAUGGGUAAGCACAGGAUCAGAGCAAUCCAAUUUAACGACAAGAUCAACCCACACGGAUUCCAAUGCUAGCUUUACAAUGGAAGAUGAGCAGCUAGAUUCUGCCGUCACAGAAACGUAUAUGGGGGAAUGGAAGAAAGAUAAACGCUGUGGUCAUGGCAUUGCAGAACGUAGUGAUGGACUGAAGUAAGAACCGAACUUCCU